AUGGCGGCACUUGCCGCCCGCCUGGCGGAACCUCACCUCGCGAACACAAGAUACUCGGCAGUAGAGACGACCAAAGUCAACACCAACAUGUCUUCGCAGGACGCCGCUGUCAGGCACCAGGCUGUUGUGCCGGACAAGAUCCCCACGGGAGAGUAUCCUCUCAUCGACAAUGACCCACACUUCAAACGAGUCAUGCGAUACACCCGCCCUUCGGACUGGGCUUACGGUGCCGCGCUCGGAGCCCUGAGUCCUGGACUGAUGCUUUACUGGGAGAGGGUCUCACCCUCCAUGGUCGGCAAGGGCGGUUUCGCUCCCAUCAUGCGAUUGAGCGGUGCCGUCGGUGUUACCGGCGCCUUUCUUUUCGCCUACUCGAGGUCAUGCAUGCGUUUCUACGGCGCCCGCGAGAACCGCCGCGAAGUCGAAAUGGACAUGCGGGAAAUGGUCGACAAAGUCAAGAAAGGCGAGCCUCUGUACGGAACUACUGAGAUGACCGAGUACAUGCAGGGCGUUGCGCACAGGAACUCGCGUUACGCCGCUACAUUUGCUCAUGUCCUCACGUGGCCAAACUUUGUCAACCACCCUUACCACGGUGUGGACACUGCCAAGUACUAUCGCCAAGCCGAGUUGGAGCUGGAACAGGAGAGGGCUGCGAGGGGUUCGUAG